AUACAUUACCAAAAAACUCGCUAGGGUUCGCUGGCGUCGUAAUGGGGCACACACGUGUUUUCCACGAGUGUCGUUUCUGCCUUCAUUUUGGUUUUUCGUUGGGAAAAGUUCAGUGAUUUUGUUGUCUGCCAAAAUAGCUUCAAUUAUCUGAACAGCUUUAACUUAAAAGAAAUUUUGUUUUGUGCAUGGAAUAACAUUGCAAACGAAAUGUUUGUGCUGUAUGAAACACCGGCGGGCUACGCAAUAUUCAAGCUGCUGGACGAAAAGAAACUCGCAGAAGUAGAUAACCUCUAUUUGGAAUUUCAAACACCGGAAAAAGCCAAUAAAUUGUUGAAAUUAAAGCAUUUUGAGAAAUUUAAUGACACAACAGAGGCAUUGGCUGCAGCCACAGCUGCCGUUGAGGGUAAAUUGUCUAAACCUCUUAAAAAAACUUUGAAAAAAUUUUUCAGCGACGAAGUACAAUCGUCUUUGCUGGUCGCGGAUGCCAAGUUGGGCAAUGCGAUUAAAGAUAAAUUGGCUGUGCCAUGUGUCUACAAUACUGGCGUGCAAGAAUUAAUGCGUUGCAUACGUCAACAGGCCGACAGUUUGCUGAGUGGUCUGCCCAAACGAGAGAUGACAGCAAUGGCGCUCGGUUUGGCACAUUCUUUGUCUCGAUAUAAAUUAAAAUUCUCACCAGACAAAAUUGAUACCAUGAUUGUGCAAGCCCAAUGUCUGCUAGAUGAUUUGGAUAAAGAAUUAAACAAUUACAUGAUGAGAGCGCGCGAAUGGUACGGCUGGCACUUUCCGGAACUUGGCAAGCUUAUUACAGACAACAUUGCAUUCGUAAAGACGAUUAAAUUAGUAGGAACUCGAGAAAAUAUGGCACAAUCGGAUCUCUCGGACAUUUUACCAGAAGAAGUAGAAGAGAAAGUAAAGGAAGCUGCUGAGAUAUCAAUGGGAACUGAAAUAUCUGAAGAUGACAUCAUGAAUAUUCAAUGCCUAUGUGAUGAGAUACUCUCCAUCGAUGAGUAUAGAACCCAUUUAUACGAUUAUUUGAAGACUCGCAUGAUGGCAAUGGCACCUAACCUAACAGUUCUUGUUGGUGAAACAGUAGGUGCCCGCCUUAUUGCACAUGCGGGCUCUCUUAUAAAUCUCGCUAAGCACCCAUCUUCCACUGUGCAGAUUUUAGGCGCUGAAAAAGCGCUUUUCCGUGCUCUGAAAACUAAAAAAGAUACUCCCAAGUACGGUUUAAUAUUCCACGCUCAACUGGUUGGGCAGGCUAGUAUAAAAAAUAAAGGUAGAAUGUCGAGAUCAUUGGCAGCAAAGGCUUCCUUAGCUACCCGAGUUGACGCCUUUGGAGAGGAGGCGAGUUGUGAACUAGGAGCAACACAUAAGGUGAAACUGGAGGCACGACUGCGAUUGCUGGAGGAGGGCAAUUUACGCAGACUUUCUGGCACUGGAAAAGCAAAAGCCAAAUUCGAAAAAUAUCAGGCUAAAAGCGAGGUAUUCACUUAUGAACCCGAGGCUGAUAGCACAAUAUCCAUUAAAAAGCGAAAACGUUCAGAAUCCACUCCAGCUGAAGUUAAAGACGAAUCAGUGCUUGAAGCUAGUGAAAAUCAAGAUGAAAGUACAGCUGGGGGAGAAAAGAAAAAGAAGAAGAAGAAGAAAACUAAGAAUCAAGAUCACGAGCAGCCAGAAGAGGCGCCACCUUCCAAAAAGAAGCCUAAGACUAAAGAGCCGGACUCGGAUUAGUUUAAUUAGUUUAGUUAUUUUUUUUAUAAUUAACAUAGCUUUUCUAAGUGUUCACUUAUAAGCAUACAAAAGUAUAUUGUCGUGAAGCAAAAUAAUGUAAGGAAUAAAUAAUAUAAAUUUUUGUAUUCAUUUGAAAAAAAAAACAACGGAGUACAAAAACGUGUUAACUACAUGCCAAUU